CCCAAGAUGCUGAGUUUUUUUGCAUGCGGCUGCUUCGGGCGGGGGUCUCUUUAUAUUUUAGCAUAUCUUGCCACACAGGCGCCGCUUUAGCGAUGCUUUCUCGCUUGACUAGCUAGUCUUCGGGGCGUUGCACGUGGUACGCGUUUGUAGCUCGCUGGUGUAUCGAAGACGCCCGACGGGCGUCAUUGGCUGCGCACACCUGUUCCUAGUACCUGCGCUUCUCAUACUUCUUUUCUUGUUUGUGUGCAUCUCUUAACGGUUGUCACUUGUUCAUCGGUGUUACUGCAGCUGCCAACGCGGGAGCUGGUAUCGGUCGUCUUUGAUUAAGCAACGCGUGAAAACGUCGUCUUACGGGGGCCGCUUCUCGAGGGACUUCUUGUUCCACACGGCCGCUGCGAGACCGCAAUCCAUGCCUCGACCGGUGUCCGCGCAGACCCGAAACGAGAACGUCAUGAAGCUCACGGCUGCCAGGCAACUGCACAACACAUCGGACGCAGUGGAGAAGCUACGACUUCUCUGCCUUCAGCGGGGCUCCGCAGGGAUUCUGGGUCUUGGAAAAGUGUUCCGUCGGAUGGAUGACAACGGCAGCGGUGACCUGUCUCGUGAGGAGUUUAUCAAAGGACUGGACGAUUCCGGCAUGGCGCCCUUCCUCGAAGCCGAGGACUACGACAAGCUAUUCGAGAUGUUCGACGCCGACAAUUCGGGGACGAUCAAGUUCGACGAAUUCAUCCGCACCAUCAGACCCAAGAUGAGUCCCAGCCGAGAGGCGUUGGUGACCAAGGCAUUCCAGAAGCUUGACCGAUCGGGUGACGGUCAGGUGACCUUCGACGACCUAAAAAGCGUGUACAACGUGCGGAACCACCCCGAUUACCUGAAUGGACAGAAGACAGAGCGAGAACUGUUGAACAAGUUCUUGGCCACUUUUGAGGAAGGCGGUGUCGUCGACGGUGUUGUGACCAAGGAGGAAUUCUUCGACUACUACUCAGGUGUGAGUGCCUCCAUCGAUGAAGACGCCUAUUUCGACCUGAUGAUGAGAACCUGUUGGAAGCUAUAGCCUCGACUGGGAUAGACACACCCACUGCACGUUCCGUGUGCUCUAUGCCCCCUCCUCCCCUACACCCCCGAGUUUCCCUUUUUUUUCCCCCGUCAACGACUCCGAACUUUUCCCUCGAGAUGACUACAUUUGUCUUGGCACAGAUAUAUAAAAAAAAACGUUUUGAUGUGUCGCAAGGGCCAAAGGAUUAAGAAGGAUUAAAAACAAACACUAAUUCUACAGCA